AUGCUGACCAGUCUGAACUUCAGUUCCUCUGCAGAAUCUGAUUUUGCAUCUAAUGGCGACGACCUAAAUUCAAUGGAAGGAGCUCUUUCUGAAGUAAGAUUGCAGCUUGAGAAGGAAGACGAGGAGCUGGAGAAGGCAAUAUCUGGCAUUGCUGUUCAGACAAAAGAGUUUGAAGACAAGAUUGUUCAGUUUGAGGAAUUUGAUUUGCACAUGGAGAGGAAACUGCAAAAACUACAGCUGUUGCAGAACCUGCUUUUUGUUGAUCAUUCACUCUUUCAUUUUAUAAAACACCAGCCCCACCAAACGCCGGUGAAAGCGUAGAAGAUUGAAAUUCGACUGCUCGAUUUCCUCCCUUAAGUGUUCAUCAGAGAAGCUCUCGUGUCUUUCUAAACCUCGAUCAAGGAUGACAAAUGAGCUGAAGUCACUCGGAGUUACCACUUGAUGAGACUUUCACGUGUCUCGUUUAUGGAUUUUUAUGCAUUCACAUGAAAUUCAUGGAUUUGAUAUAUUCAAAUCAACUUUUCUUUGUUGUUUUUUCUGAUACAUGCAACCUUUUUAAAUUACCAGUAGUAAUUACGUACGUUGUA